GUCCCUGCUCCGCCCCUCGGCCGAUGGCCCCAGGGACAGAGGGCGGAGCGCGGAGGCGGCGGCUGGCCCGCGCCGCGCACGGGAGCGCGCCCCGCAGCCCGCCGGCCGCCGUCGGAGCCCAGCCGUGCGCCCGCGUCUCCUGUGUCUCCCAUCACUCCAGCCUCCGGCCACUCAGCCUAACGCACCAUCAUCACCAUCAUCACCACCUCUCUGCCGUCCAGUGUGCUCACUGUCUUCUCCAUUCUGAGACACGAGGCCAGCGGGAAUCAUGAGCAACCCAUUUGCACACCUUGCUGAACCCUUGGAUCCUGCACAACCAGAAAAGAAAUUCUUCAACUUGAAUAAAUUGAAGGAUUCAAGAUAUGGACGCUUACCGUUUUCUAUCAGAGUUCUCCUGGAGGCAGCUGUUCGGAACUGUGAUCAAUUUUUGGUGAAGAAAAAUGACAUUGAAAAUAUCCUAGAUUGGAAUGUCACGCAGCACAAGAACAUAGAAGUACCAUUCAAGCCUGCCCGCGUCAUCCUGCAGGACUUUACGGGUGUGCCAGCUGUGGUCGACUUUGCUGCCAUGCGUGAUGCUGUGAAAAAGUUAGGAGGAGACCCAGAGAAAAUAAACCCUGUCUGUCCUGCUGAUCUUGUGAUUGAUCAUUCCAUCCAGGUUGAUUUCAACAGAAGGACAGACAGUUUACAGAAGAAUCAAGACUUGGAAUUUGAGAGAAAUAGAGAACGAUUUGAAUUUUUAAAGUGGGGUUCUCAGGCUUUUCACAACAUGCGGAUUAUUCCCCCUGGCUCAGGAAUCAUCCACCAGGUGAAUCUGGAGUAUUUGGCAAGAGUGGUAUUUGACCAGGAUGGCUAUUAUUACCCAGACAGCCUUGUGGGCACGGAUUCGCACACGACCAUGAUUGACGGUUUGGGCGUUCUCGGUUGGGGUGUGGGUGGUAUCGAAGCAGAGGCUGUCAUGCUGGGUCAGCCCAUCAGCAUGGUGCUUCCCCAGGUGAUUGGCUACAGGCUGAUGGGAAAUCCCCACCCUCUGGUAACCUCCACGGACAUCGUGCUCACCAUUACCAAGCACCUCCGCCAGGUCGGGGUCGUGGGCAAAUUUGUCGAGUUCUUCGGGCCAGGAGUAGCCCAGUUGUCCAUUGCUGACCGAGCAACGAUUGCCAACAUGUGUCCAGAGUACGGAGCAACUGCUGCCUUUUUCCCAGUUGAUGAAGUUAGCAUCAAGUACCUUGUGCAGACAGGUCGUGAUGAAGACAAGGUGAAGCAAAUUAAAAAGUACCUUCAGGCUGUAGGGAUGUUCCGGGAUUUCAGUGACCCCUCUCAAGACCCAGACUUUGCCCAGACUGUGGAAUUAGAUCUGAAAACAGUAGUGCCAUGCUGCAGUGGACCCAAAAGGCCUCAGGACAAAGUCGCCGUGUCCGACAUGAAGAAGGACUUUGAGAGCUGCCUUGGAGCCAAGCAAGGGUUUAAAGGAUUCCAGGUUGCUCUGGACCAUCAUAACGACCAUAAGACAUUUAUCUAUAAUAAUAGCGAAUUCAGCCUCGCUCACGGUUCUGUGGUCAUCGCUGCCAUCACCAGCUGCACAAACACCAGUAAUCCAUCUGUGAUGUUAGGAGCAGGGCUGUUAGCAAAGAAAGCUGUGGAUGCUGGCCUGACCGUGAAGCCGUACAUCAAAACCAGCCUGUCUCCUGGGAGCGGGGUGGUCACCUACUACCUGCGAGAAAGCGGAGUCAUGCCUUACCUGUCUCAGCUUGGGUUUGAUGUGGUGGGCUAUGGCUGCAUGACCUGCAUUGGCAACAGUGGUCCCUUACCCGAGCCCGUGGUAGAAGCCAUCACGCAGGGGGACCUUGUCGCUGUGGGAGUUCUAUCUGGGAACAGGAAUUUUGAAGGUCGAGUCCACCCCAAUACCCGGGCCAACUAUUUAGCCUCUCCGCCUUUAGUAAUAGCGUAUGCGAUUGCCGGGACCAUCAGGAUCGACUUUGAGAAAGAACCGUUGGGGGUAAAUGCAAAGGGACAACAGGUAUUUCUGAAAGAUAUCUGGCCAACUAGAGACGAGAUCCAGGCGGUGGAGCGGCAGUUUGUCAUCCCUGGGAUGUUUAAGGAGGUCUAUCAGAAAAUAGAGACAGUGAAUGAGAGCUGGAACGCCUUAGCAGCCCCGUCAGAUAAGCUGUAUUACUGGAAUCCCAAAUCUACAUACAUUAAAUCACCUCCAUUUUUUGAAAACCUGACUUUGGAUCUUCAGCCCCCUAAGUCGAUAGUGGAUGCCUAUGUGCUAUUAAAUUUGGGAGAUUCAGUAACAACCGACCACAUCUCUCCAGCUGGAAAUAUUGCUCGAAACAGCCCUGCCGCUCGCUACUUAACCAACAGAGGCCUGACUCCACGAGAAUUCAACUCCUACGGCUCCCGCCGGGGUAAUGAUGCCAUCAUGGCACGGGGGACAUUUGCCAACAUUCGCUUGUUAAACAAGUUUUUGAACAAGCAGGCGCCGCAGACUAUACAUCUGCCUUCUGGAGAAAUUCUUGAUGUGUUCGAUGCCUCUGAGCGGUACCAGCAGGCAGGUCUGCCUCUCAUCAUUCUGGCUGGCAAAGAGUACGGCUCGGGCAGCUCCCGGGACUGGGCAGCCAAGGGGCCGUUCCUCCUGGGAAUCAAAGCUGUGCUGGCCGAGAGCUACGAGCGCAUUCACCGCAGUAACUUGGUCGGAAUGGGGGUGAUCCCGCUCGAGUAUCUCCCUGGGGAGAACGCAGACACCCUGGGCCUCACGGGGCGGGAACGAUACACUGUCAGCAUUCCAGAAAACCUCAAACCACGGAUGAAAGUCCAGGUGAAGCUGGACACCGGCAAGACUUUCCAGGCUGUCAUGAGGUUUGACACCGACGUGGAGCUCACGUACUUCCACAACGGGGGCAUCCUCAACUACAUGAUCCGCAAGAUGGCCAAGUAGGGCUCGCUCCUUGGGAGCCUGCGCCCCUCCGGCCGUGCCCGGGGCCGCCUCGCGGGGGCGUGCCUGAGCCCGGGGUCCGGGGCCAGGCCUCCAGGCGCAAAAACAGCCGUUUCUGCAUCCUCCAUUUCUGUUCAGCUUUGUAUCUUUUUCUAGAAUUUGGAAGCUAGAAUGGUGGGAAUGUCAGUAGUGCCAGAGAGAGAGAACUGCACUCGUCUUUGAUGUUACUGAUCACAGAAUGAUGAUUUUUCACUCUUACCUGCUAAUGUUCAGUCUUCUCGGAAGGUGUCUCCCGCCCUUUUUUUUGUUCCCCUGUUAUCCUCUGCUCCGGGAAACCCUUCCCUGGGGCUCCUUGGCCUUGCCCAUUGCACCAGCGUUAACUGACAGGUGGUAGAUAAGAACUUUCUACACUUCAAAUCAGAGCGUGACAACGCCCCCUUCAGAGUGGAUAAUCCCGCCCCUCGUGGACAGGUCAAAUGCUGACAGUUUUUGAUUAUGUACCUUUUGAUAGAUCAACAGUAAAGAAAUGUGAAGUUUUCUUUUACUACCUUCAGAAAUUUUCCUAGGAAAUUCAUUGGUCAAGAGGAGGACUUUGGAGGCGGUUUUAGAGAGAGACAGAACAUUUCUAAUUUGAAUAAGAUUAAAUCUAUUUUCAAGGAAAA